GGUGUUGGUGCGUUAAUAAAAAUUCACACGGACACAAAUGUUGGUGCGUUUAACAAAAAUUAGUUUUACACCAACACAAAAUGUUGGUGCAAAAUUGCGGGGUACAAAUUGGGUACAAAUCUUGGGUACACAUACCAUAAUCCUUUUCCUAUCUGCCCUAACGGCGUGACCGCGUGAGAUAGUUUGUGGAGAAGUCACUGACGCUACAGGUGAAGCUUUUCGGGAUGGGAAGUGAGGACGAAAUCUCGAUCGAGGCGGCGGCGGCUGCCCGUCGAGAGCGGCUGAGGGCCCUCAGAUCUGCCCAAGAACUUCUGGAGACCCCCGACGAUGAUAAGGACAACAAUUCCAGCCAAGACCAAGAAGAAAACUAUGAGAAUGUCCAAAUGAAAUUUCGGAAUUAUCUUCCUCAAGACAAGCACCUUCAAGAGGGUAAACUUGCUCCUCCCGUUUUACCAAAGUUCAAUGACCCUGUAGCUAGCAAACCUGCAUCUGAAGAGAAGGAGAAAAGUGAGGACCCUUUCAUGAAUAUCGCCCCGAAAAAACCGAAUUGGGACCUGAGGAGGGAUGUUCAGAAGAAGCUUGAUAAGCUCGAGAAACGCACACUCAAGGCUCUACAUCAACUAGGGGAGGAGGAAGAGAAAAGAAGAUUGGCAGAAGAAUAAAGCGAAAUCAAAAAUGGUACUUUUAGAGUCGUAGUUCCCCUCCACCCCUGUCUCUUUUCAAUAGGGAUUUUGAACACGCUACUUACAAAUAUCAGAUGUACCCAAUUGCCACAACUUUGUGCGUUGUUAGUAGCAUCGUAUAAGUCAAUGAGUGAUGAUAUUAAAAGGUAAGUUCACAUAUCGCCUAGAUCAUGUCCUAACUUCCAUCUAUACCCCUGUCAUUUUCCCAAGUAAAUGGUUUCGUGUACGUUGUUUAUCAAAAUUCUGCUUAGAAAUGCCGUAAUUUAGGUAGAAUGAAGUGGUUUGGAACAACUUGUGUUAUGAUUGUGAGAGUGAUUUUUUACUUGUAGGUAAAUUUGGAGGUAGAGACCAUCCCUAUGUUGGAUUUUUGGUUACCCGAGACAGAUCUUUGAGGUCUCAAGUUGAGCUAAGUGUUAGUUGCAUUUUCUUGAGAACUAGUUUGGACCAUGCUAGGGCUAUCCAUG